AUGCGUAUGAUGGGAGAAAUGUGGGCAAAAUUAGGCUCGAUGGUUGCGAGUGUGAUGUUCAUGAGUGCCGUAUUUCGAGACUUCCUUCCGGUGCAACUUCGGAAUCAUGUCGAACGAUACAUCCAUAAACUAGCGAACUUUUUCGACCCUUACGUGCAAAUUACAUUUGAUGAGCACACCAAUCAGUUUCGCAAGCGAAGUGAAGUCUAUUCCGCCAUCCAGAGCUAUCUCAGCACCAAGUCUUCUGGCCGAGUGAGGCGGCUCAAGGCUCAUGAUGUCAAGAACAGCAAGUCUCUAAUCCUUAGCAUGGAUGACAACGAAGAAAUCACCGAUGAAUUUCAAGGCAUUACGUUUUCGUGGACUCUGGUGAAACGAAUGGCGAACCAGACUUCAUUUUCUAUCUACCCGCAAUCUAAUGAGAAGAAAUGUUAUAAGCUCACGUUCCACAGACGCUAUCGAGUCCUUACGGGGUCUUACCUUGAUCAUGUGAUAAAAGAGGGGAAGGCGAUAUCGGCAAGCAACAGGCAAAGAAAGCUUUACAUCAACAAUCCUGCAGAGGAUUGGAAUUCAUACCGAGGGACGAAAUGGAGUCACAUUGUUUUUGAGCAUCCGGCAACAUUUGAAAGCCUAGCAAUGGACCCGAAAAAGAAGGAAGAAAUCAUCAAUGAUCUCAUCAAGUUCAGUAAGGGAAAAGAGUACUAUGCAAAAAUCGGGAAGGCAUGGAAGCGGGGUUAUCUCCUCUACGGGCCAACAGGAACUGGAAAGUCUACCAUGAUUGCUGCCAUUUCUAACCUCAUGAACUACGAUGUCUAUGAUCUUGAACUAACGCAGGUUAAGGACAACACUGAGCUGAGGAAGCUUCUGAUAGACACGCCGAGUAAAUCUAUAAUUGUGAUUGAGGACAUUGAUUGCUCGCUUGAUCUUACCGGACAGCGAAAGAAGAAAAAGGAUGAGGAGGACAAGGAAGAAAAGGAUUCAGUUCGGAAAAAGAGGGAAGAUCAAGAAAACAAACCGAGCAAGGUGACUCUUUCGGGGCUGCUAAACGUUAUCGAUGGGAUUUGGUCAGCUUGUGGAGGGGAGAGACUGAUCAUGUUCACGACUAAUUAUGUGGACAAGCUCGAUCCUGCACUCAUCAGAAGAGGAAGGAUGGACAAGCACAUAGAAUUGUCCUACUGCUGCUUUGGAGCGUUCAAGGUUCUUGCUAGGAGUUAUUUGGGUUUGGAGACGCACGAAUUGUUUGAAAGGAUUGGGCGUUUGUUGGGGGAAACGGAUAUGACACCUGCUGAUGUUGCAGAGAAUUUGAUGCCGAAAUCUGAUAUAGAGGAUGCUGAGUCUUGUUUGAAGAACUUGAUCGAAGCUCUCGAGGCUGCAAAGGAGGAGGCAAAGAUCAAUGCCGAGGAAGAAGCUAAACAGAAGGCGGAGAAAGAAAUGAAAUCGAAGGCAGAGGAAGACCAAAAUUUGAAUGCAGAGAAAGAAGCAUAACCAAAGGCAGAGGAAGAAGAAGAUUCGGAAGCACAGAAAGACGAGCUCGAAGUGAAACGGAACGGAA